CAUUGCCCAGACUCCAGAAUCAGCACUUGAAUGUUUCCUUGAUAAGCACCAGGAAAUAAUUGUUAUAGAUCACAGGAAUUCCAGAUAUUUUGAUGCAGAAGAUAUCUGCAGGUAACUAAAGGGCCUUAUGCUAUUCUUGAAGUCUGGAACAUAUUAUACAAAAUCCAUAGUCUUAAUUAUAAAAAAAAAAAUAAAGAAGAAUGCACAAAUUGGAAAUUUGGAGAUUGAGUACAAGAGGUUUUCUUCCCUCUUUAAGGAAGACUCUUAAGAACCCUUAGGAACUCCUCUUAAGAGGAGUAGAAUUUGAAAAAUAAGCUUUUGGCCAGGGUGACAUUUGACCUGUAGAAUUCUCUCUUCAAAUCAUGAGCAUUAUUCGGAGCAUAAGCCACAGCUGUUGUGCAAUCACUCUGUGCUUUCUGUAUCUGCUUCUCCCUGGAUCUCCUUUCCUGAGUUAGUGCUGUAACAAGAUUUUAAGCUGCAAGGCUUGAAACUAAUGCUAUUGUUUGUUGACUACGUCAGGCACACGUCAGUGAGUGCUCUUCACAAAAGUUCACAUCACUCUUCUGUACAUGUGGAAAUGGAAAAUCAGUUUUACCAUGCAGCACACUACAUUUUUCAGUCUUGCAUGAACUGAAAUUUCUGUUGUUUAAGACAAAUAUUUUAAAGUUCACAUAUUUAAGGUUAUGCAAGUGUUUCUGGAAGAAGUACACAUGCAUAUGACAACUCUUUAUUCAGAAGAGAGUGACAUGUUUGAAAAAAGUGUAUCUUUCGCUGGUGAAAGAUGAAUAGAGUGUUCUUGGUUGUUUUUUUUUUUUUUUUUCAGUUCUUCAGUAACAUAAAGUGUUGAUAUUUUGUUAACCAUGGUGGUCGUAGUCCUCUAUAGAGAAGUGUAUUUGCUAUACUUUCUUUUCUUACCAGUGUGCCCCAAGAGCACUUUGUAUACUUCAAAGAAAAUUUUACAGUAUAUGAAAGGACAGUUGUGAAGGUGGGAGAAGGUGGUCAACAUUCCUGUUUAAUUAAUUUUUGAACUAACAGAUACCAAGAAUGCAUUGUACAGACAUUGCAUCUUGUCAACCCCUGCGUUCAGGGCAGCCUGCCCUGCCUUUACCUAGGUCUAUUCGUGCCACAAAGCCAUCAGAACACACUGUAAUACUUGCUGUGGUUCCACGCACAUCUGCUGAUCAAGAAGAGACUUCUGUUCUUCCCCUUCUUAAUGCAGGCUUUGAUAGGCGAUUCAUGGAGAAUAGCAGCAUAACUGCUUGUUACAAUGAACUCAUUCAAAUAGAACAUGGGGAAGUGCGAUCUCAGUUCAAAUUACGGGCAUGUAAUGCAGUAUUUACAGCAUUAGAACAUUGUCAGGAAGCAAUAGAAAUAACCAGUGAAGAUCGUGUUAUUCAGUAUGUUAAUCCAGCCUUCGAGCAUAUGAUGGGGUAUCAGAAGGGAGAGCUCAUUGGCAAGGAACUUACUGAGCUACCAAAAAGUGAUAAAAACCGUGCAGAUCUGUCAGACGCUAUCAACGCAUGUAUUAAAAAAGGAAAGGAAUGGCAAGGGGUUUACUAUGCAAGAAGAAAAUCUGGAGACAGUAUCCAGCAACAUGUGAAGAUAACACCAGUGAUUGGUCAAGGAGGGAAGAUCAGACACUUGGUGUCCCUCAAAAGGCUGCGUUGUACUAACGAAAACAACAAGCAGCUCUGCAAGAGUCAACGCGAUGAGAAUUAUUCAGGAGACAGUUCUCAGUCAGAAUCCCAUUCCUUCAAAUGCAAGAACAGAAGGAAAGACUCAGUUGAUGUUAAGUCGAUAACUUCACAAAGUAGUGAUGCUCCAAGUUUACAGACCCGGCGGUACUCUUCUAUGGCAAGGAUCCACUCAAUGACAAUAGAAGCUCCUAUCACAAAGGUUAUUAACAUAAUUAAUGCUGCCCAGGAAAACAGCCCCAUCACUGUAGCAGAAGCCUUGGACAGAGUUCUAGAAAUCUUGCGGACAACAGAACUUUACUCCCCUCAGCUAGGUACCAAAGAUGAGGAUCCUCACACAAGUGAUCUUGUUGGAGGUCUGAUGACUGAUGGCUUGAGAAGACUGUCUGGAAAUGAGUAUGUGUUUUCCAAGAAUAUGAACCUGAGCCAUAGUCACCUUUCAGUGCCAAAUACUAUCAAUGAUGUUCCACCUUGUAUUGCACAGCUCCUGGAUAAUGAGGAAAGCUGGGACUUCAAUAUCUUUGAAUUGGAAGCUGUUACAAAUAAAAGGCCACUAGUAUAUUUAGGCUUAAAAGUUUUUGGCCGGUUUGGGGUCCCUGAGUUUUUGAACUGCUCAGAAGCCACACUGCGAGCAUGGCUGCAGGUGAUGGAAGCCAACUACCACUCCUCCAAUGCAUACCACAACUCCACGCACGCUGCGGACGUCCUGCAUGCUACUGCCUUCUUUCUGGGAAAGGAGAGAGUUAAGGGAAGCCUUGGCCACUUAGAUGAAGUGGCUGCAUUGAUAGCAGCCACCAUUCAUGACGUAGAUCACCCUGGACGGACCAACUCUUUCCUGUGCAACGCAGGCAGUGAAUUAGCUGUCCUUUACAAUGAUACUGCUGUGCUAGAGAGCCAUCACACAGCACUGGCAUUUCAGCUGACAGCUAAGGACAGCAAAUGCAACAUUUUCAAGAAUAUUGAUAGAAAUCACUAUCGGACAUUGCGCCAGGCCAUUAUUGAUAUGGUUCUGGCAACAGAGAUGACAAAGCACUUUGAACACGUGAACAAAUUUGUGAACAGCAUCAACAAGCCAAUGGCAUCUGAGGAGACCACCUCACAUAGUGAAGGCAGUGACUGUGAAUGUACAGCCAACAUGAAGAACUUUCCAGAUAACCAAACACUGAUCAAGCGUAUGAUGAUUAAAUGUGCAGAUGUAGCAAAUCCAUGUCGUCCCCUAGAACUAUGUAUUGAAUGGGCAGGGAGGAUUUCAGAGGAAUAUUUUGCACAGACAGAUGAAGAGAAGAGACAGGGUCUCCCUGUUGUGAUGCCAGUAUUUGAUAGAAAUACCUGCAGCAUUCCCAAGUCUCAGAUUUCCUUCAUUGAUUAUUUUAUAACAGACAUGUUCGAUGCGUGGGAUGCAUUUGCACACCUGCCUGUUUUGAUGCAACACUUGGCCAAUAACUACAAACACUGGAAAAUGCUGGAUGAGUUAAAAUGCAAGAGUCUCAGGCUUCCAUCAGAAAACAACAACUGACACUAAAACAAGAAAAACAGACCUCCCAGUCUACCAGUUCCACUGUGAAUUGCUUACUAACUUGGAUACAACGGGGAUAGUGUUUCCUUUCAAGUGAAACUAGACUGUUUGUGAAGAACAAAGUAUUUUAUCUACCAUUUUUAAGCUUCUCUGAAUUCCACACAAAAAUAUUUUCAAAAAGGCCAUAAACAAGUGCACUUUGGAAAUAUCAUUUUAUGGCAGAUAAGGUACUUCCAAAACUAAUUUCUAGUAACAAACAUGUUGAAUCUUGAAUCAAAUGCAACUGUAUCCGCUAACGCUUCACACAGCUGUUUCUCAGAAACAGGUAAUCUAGUCACCAGGAAAAUAGUAAGUUGAAAAACAACCAUAAACACUUCUCAGUUACCUAGCAUAAAUUUGCUCCAAUUCUGCCAAUGUUCUUUAGCUCUUUCAACCACAGCUGUAGAGAGAGCAUGCACAGUAGAACAAGUAAACCUCAAGAAACUGGGCACACUAAAAACAAACCCAGCACCGUUAAAAGCAAAACUUUCAUUACAGACAAUGUAAACCUGCCCUUCCUUUUCUAUAUAAGAAGUGAAAUUCCCGUAAAUUGGUUAUACAGCGGAGGAAAAUAAGCAAGUUCUGUGUAAUUGGUGCCAUCCACAUUUUUCUUUGCCAUCUUAGAUGUUAACAUGUGAUACUUUAUCAAGUUUUACAUAUAAACCGUUGUGGCAGUUGAUUGACAUCUCUUUUUAUAAUGUGAUGGUUGUACAUGGUCAUCAAUUUUAUUAAACUGAUCUAAGCUUUAUGACAAGCCAUAUAUUAUGCCACAUACUUAUCAGAUGAACCUUCACCUCUAAAAAAAAAGUUUCCAGGUUAUAAUUUAUAACAGCAUUACAGUUUGUACUGCUUCUUCCUUCCUAACAAAAUGCUGCUUUGUUUGGUCAUGUAAAAAAAAAAAAAAAACAAAA